CGGCGCUGUAAUCGUACAGAGAAAACAGAGAAAGCAGAGAAAGUUAACGAUGACUGAAGGACAAAACUAGAUGUGCAACAACAUUUACAUACCUAGCUAUAUAUCUCAUCAUGUGCUAUUAGCUAAGCAAAAUUCGCAAGAUCUACAACGGUAGCCAAGAUUGACCUCAAUAGCAACCAUGAACAUGAGGCUGACAGUUUUCAAACCAAAUGCAGAUGUCAACCUUGGAAUGUUACAGCCUUCUCAAUUAUGGUGCCUCCAAUGGCACCUCAAUCUGCUCCCCCCUUAAAUCGAAGUUCAACACUGCCCAAUACCUCUUCUGCUCGAAUCACACCACAUGAAAGAUCAUAUCUUGCGCCAGAAGAUGCCAUAUUUCAACCCUCACCACCUCGUAAACCAUCUGCGAUUGUCAACCAAUUGCGUAUGACAAAUGGAGAUGCUGGAAGAUUAAGAAGUAGAGGAAGACAUAAUGAAAGAACGAAAAGUAGUCAUAGAAGACGAAAGGCUACUUGGAAGAAACUGUUAUGGGUGAAGCAAUCUUGUAUGGUAUAUUUUCAUUCUACAUGUGUAUAAUUGUACUGAUCAAUUGAAAUAGAUCCUGAUAACUAUACGGAUCAAGACACCUUUCUCGAACAUCUUCAAAGAAAUCCGCGUCUUCAGCCUUAUGACUUUUGGCCAUUGGUAGCAGACUCGACUGUUAUAGUUCAACAUGUCUGUUCUGUCAUAAUAUUCGUUGUUUCUUUCGUUGGAAUAUAUCAAGAACAUGUUUCCCCGGUUUCUGUGGUUGGAUGGGGAUCUAUAGCUACCUUUUUAGGUUGGUUAUUAUGGGACUUGUGGGUGGGACGAGAAGAAUGUACUCGACCAGCAUUUCCACCUCCGCAGCCUUUUCCGCACAAUGCAUCUGCAACAAGUUCAACACCAAAUCUAUUGGGAACAGCUGCAAAUGGGCCAAAACAUGCCUUUUCAGUUUCAACAUCAUCUCUUCAAUCUACGGCCUCAAAUCAAACCCAACCACCUCCAACACGGCCAAUCUAUACACCACAUAAUCCACCGUUUUCACAUCGUACUUCACUUCGCUUGUCAACCGCGAAAUCGGCGGUCUUAAUAUACUUUGUCCUCCUUGGUCUCUCUCCUAUUCUUAAAUCUCUCACGAGAUCUACGUCAUCAGAUUCAAUCUGGGCAAUGUCAUUUCUGCUAUUUACGAUCAACAUAUUCUUCUUCGACUACGCUACCCCAUCCCCCUCUUACUCAUCGAGCUACUCACCCUCGAAUACAAAAAACAAAAACAUCCCUGCCAGUCUUAGUACAAAUGCUGCUCUAAUGGCCUCUACAGUUCUUGCUUCCCGCCUUCCUAGUACAGGACAAGUCUUUAGCCUCACGCUUUUUUCUAUAGAAGUUUUUGGACUCUUUCCUGUUUUCCGUCGUUAUACUCGCUUACAUUCUCUACGUGGACAUCUAAUCCUCACACUACUACUCGUUUUCGGCGCGGGCGGCGGUGUAGGAUUAGUACUACCACAAUCGGGACGAUCGGCUUGGGAUUGGAAAAGUGGAUUAAUUGGCGUUGUAUUGGGGACGUUAAUAACGGGAUUGGCCAUGGGUGGAUGUAGUUGGUGGUUAAUUGGGCUGCAGAAAUAUAAAAAUGAGAUCCAUGGGCCAUGGGAUCCAGCGAGACCGGUUAUUAGGAGGGCUUGGGAUGAUUAUUAGAUGGACGGAUCAGGAGUAUGUAGAUCCAUUAAUUAUAAAGACUUCUUACAACUAAAGAGUUUAUGAGAGGAUUGGUGAUGUCGCCGAAUUGGCAUAGUUGCAAGAAUUCGCGUGCCAUAUUCCUUUCUUCAUUGGGUUAUUUCACCUUCUUUCCUUUAGUCAAUUGAUGCCACUUCAGCCAGCAAGAUAAAUUUAAACAA